UUAUCGAAAUUCAAUCCUCUCCUUCCACUCACGAGGAUUCCGGUCCCGCCGGCUCCGUAGACUCAAUUCUCUCCUCUAAUGGAGAGUUGUCUUCACCUGAAUGGCGCUCAAACGCGCAUUUAGUUGAAGAUAAGUGUCUCUGGCGUUCUAUCUGGAGCAGCGUUGGGAGCAUUAAUUCGCUUCGAAUAUCUGCCCAAGGGUUCACGAAAAUAAACCCCGCCACCUCCAAUAAUGAAGACCUUCAGUUGAAUGUUCUUCCAUGUGGCGAGGAUGAUUGCGUUCUUUUGCGCAAAGAGCCAGCCGAUGGAUCGCCUGAUUUCUUUUUUGUUUAUGGUUAUUUCUUCUUAGACUUGAAUAUCAAGCUUCCAUUCUCGCCUUUUAUAUGUCACAUUCUUUCUUUUCUAAAUGUGGCGCCUUGCCAACUCCAACCCAACGCCUGGGGUUUUAUCCGCUGCUUUGAAAUUCUUUGUGAACAUUUGAGUUUCACUCCGACCUACCCCUUGUUUUUCCUUUUUUAUAAGUCAGUCACCACUAAACCGACUUCGGUGAAAUGGGUUCCCCUUUUGGCCCGUAAGAACAUGAGCCGGUUCACCGCCCUUAAAAGCCAUUACAAAGUAUGGCAGAAAAAAUAUUUCAAAGUUAUGGAAUCGCCCGAGAUAAAGAACUUGUUCCGAGAUUCUGACAAUAAUCCCCUCUUCCCUUUUUACUGGACAAAAAACCCUCGCCGGAAAAUAUCCGUUUCAUAUGACGCCUUGGAUGAAUCUGAGCAAGGCAUCGCCGAUUACCUUCGCACACUACCAGUAAUCUCUGGUCAUGACUUGAUUGAGGCGUCGAAAUCCGGCACUUUAAAUCAAUUUUUUACUACGAUGGGAAAAGGCAAGGUUGACACUAACCCCUUGAAGCUGAAGGAUUACCUCGCCCAGUCUGCUGCGGCGGCCAAGAAAAGGGCCGCCGAUAAUGAACAGAAGAAAAAGAAUGAAGAUGCCUCGGGCUCUGAUACCGUCAGGGACCCCAAACGCCAAAGAACCUCAGGCGCUGCUGGUGGUAAACCUUCUCAUCAAUCAACUGGCGAGGCUUCCAAAAGGCAGCCUGCAGAGAAAAAGAAGGGACACGACGCUGUCCCGCCACCUCACCAGGAUUCAAGCUUGCUGAUUAACCGCCCGCCAACUCCAUUUAGCCAAGCUGGCACUAGCUCAGCCAUUGGUGGCGAGGCACCUCCCCCCUUGCUGAGUUUAAAUGAUCCUCACUUCAACGGCACGGUGGCAGGAAUGGCCCAGUGCGUGAAAGAAGUGAUUUCAGCCAAGAAUCGUCUCGAGAAGAAGGCAGCCGAUUAUAAAACCGCCUAUGAGCGAGCUAAGGCUGAUGCUGAGACCGCCAAUAAGAAGCUGACAUCUGCUGAGGAAAAGUGCACUAAGUUAACUGUUGAUCUGGCGGCUUCUGACCUGCUUCUUCAGAAGACCAAGUCUCUAAAAGAAGCAAUCAAUGAUAAGCACACUGCUGUUCAAGCCAAGUGCCAAAAACUGGAAAAGAAUCAUGAUAACUUGCAUGUUGCAACAAUAACUGUAGAAUGA